UUGACCCCCUCCGCCGCCCCUUUGAUGUGCCGCCACGGAUGUAAACAAAGCAGCGUCUUCCAAAUGAGUACUUUUUUGUAUUGACCGGUGGUUUACCGAGUGUGUGAUGACCUGACGCAAACAGUCAUGAGGACUUCAGCUCCUCCCAGCAUGUGCAGCGGCCGCUCCACUGCCGCCCUGCUCACUACCCUGCUCCCACUGGUUGUCUCCUUACUGGUGUGGGCCUCACAGUCCCAAGCACAGGAAAGCAGGGUUGACACAGUUACCAGGAACAGCAGCAGCAGUAAUGUCGGUGCCAUGCAUAACAGUGCAGAGGAUACAGAUGCCAGUCACACCGACACUAAACCUGUGAUCUAUGUAAAUAACCCGCAGCUCUUGAGGGAGAUACAAGAACAGAGUUUCCUCCACCACACGUUCAGGUUAUCAGCAGGGGGAGUACCAAGCAGAGAGGAGGCUGGAGUGCUGGAAGGGGAAGUCCCUCUCCUGGAACGUUCAGCUGCCUUGGGCUCACGGCUCAGGCACCUGGCUAACAACGAGCUGGGAGUCACUCACAUGCAGGCAACUUUUGAUGAGUUGCCAUACUCAAUGCUGGAGAGGAAGGAAGAGGAAACAGUGAAGGAGAUGGUGCAGUCACUGGAAAGAAAGUUUUCUUUGUACUCAAGAUUGUUGACUGAGAUGUGUGAGAUGCUGGAGGCACAGUACCCCGUAGAUGGGCCCAGGCAGGGGAGGGACGCCCAGGACUACCGCCCUUGCUGCCUCAUCCCUGACAACUACCUUGAGUACAAGAGUCAUUUUGGCACCAGAGUGAAUGAGGAGCUUUGGUGUGACACAGGCUUUGGCUCAGGGGACCACUCGCUGCCAGAAAACUUUCUUGCCACACCCUACAACUUGACGGAGAUGUUUUCACUUAACUUGAGAAGGUACCCAACCAUCAAGUGGCAGUACUUCAUGUCUGCUGAUGGCCUCCACACAGAGUAUCCUGCUCACAGGCCAGGCACAAGUAUCGGCUCAGACUGUGGACAGUCCUCCAGACAUCGACAUAUUUAUGAGGCAUCAGUGCGGCCUCGUGGCAGGAACAUUGUGUUGCUCUAUGACCUGGGAGAAACUCUCACCCCGAGGCUUCUCAUCACAGCCAAAGCUAUAGGUCAUCAGGUUGUAUCAACCCUGACGCUUGAAGACAACAUAGCAGUGGUGGGCGUGGCGAGCAGCGUGGCGCGCCCUGCAGCAGCCUGUAUGAGAUCAGCCAUGACGCCGGCCACCCAUGAUGUCAAGCAAACAGCCAGGCACUUCAUUGAUUACAUGGAGAUACAAAAUGAGCCAACCAACCACACCCUAGGCUUGUUGACAGCCCUUGAUGUCAUCAGUCAGUCAUCCCCAAGCCCCUCCCAGACCAACACCUCGGCCCUGCUACUGUAUGUGAGCCGUGGGGUGGUGGCCUCCAAGCACCAGGUCCACACACUCAUGGCAUCACUGGCAACCAAGCUGGAAAUAAUCAAAACUAGAAUUGUCAUAAGCACAUAUGGUUUGGGUCUACUCAAGCAUGAAUUCUCCUUAGAGAUGGAGUUCUUAACAGCACUUACUAAGCAAGACUUUAAGCUGUACAACAUAAAAUACAGCAAGGCAUCAGAGAAGGGCAAGUUUGUGGGUCUGGACUCAACCCUGAGUGUGUCGCCGUUCAUCCAUAACAUGUAUGACGUGGUGGAGGAGCCGCCUCUGCCUCAGGAGGGCAGCCUUCGAGACCUUGUGAUAUCCGAGCCCUACUGGGAUGACGAUGGCAGAGAGACUGUGGUGUCACUGACAAAGGUUGUCCGUACGGAAGAAAGGAAACUCAUCGGACUCAUCGGCAUAGAUCUCCCUCUAGCCAACUUACUGGAGGACGUGACUCACUUCACCUCACCUGCCCACUCUUAUGCCUUUGUCAUGGAUGCUCAGGGUAGUGUCCUGGGGCAUCCCAAGCUAGGUCGGCCAGAGAGCUGGACGCUGCCUCUUGUGCCCACAGACAUCACCCUCCUGGAGCAAACACCGGGACUCAGCAGCAUCAGGGACGAGUUCUUCAGCACACAGUCCGGGCACACCUUCCUCCACGGUGCUUCUCACAACGAAAACCAAAUGGAUAAGUUGCACUACUGGUGGCAUAGGUCAGAGGCCAAUGGCUGGGUGAUGGUUGUGACCUGGCAUGACUCAGGAGUGCCGCGGCGUCGGCUGAGUCGCAGUGUGCGGCCUCUGCCUCCCACUGCACUCUUUCAUCGCCUUGACCUUCUCUCGCCCAGUGAAGCACGUGUGUGUCGGCACUUCAACCAGAUGGCUACGCUGGAUGGCAGCACACUCUUCCUCUCUGUGGGCUCGUACAUCUCCCCAUUGAGUCAGCUGGCCAGUGGUGUUGAGAGUCUGGGUGCCGUGCAGAGCAUCACUGCUUACCUAAGUGACAACACUCAGCUCAUAGCCAACCCGGGUCUGAGGCUGGGGGUGCGAACGGAUGCCACUGCACUCUAUCAGAUCUCAGACUUCUGGAAAAAGCAGCAUGAAAAUAGUGACCUCAGCAAAUACAUUAUUAGAAGAUAUGCUGCGGCUUCCUCUGGUGUGGCCCUGAUGUUCCCCGGCACCCUCCUGGACCGCAGCUUUGACCCUCGCUCUCAGUCCUGGUACCUGAAUGCCUUGUCCAGCCCUGGGAAGGUGGUGGUGUCCCCGCCAUACCUGGACCCAGGCGGCGCUGGCUACAUCGUGACUGUCUCCCACACAGUGUAUCAGGGGCAGUCAGCAGCCAUGCACUCAUCUGCUGACCCAGUGGCUGCUGUUCUUGCUGCUGACUUCACCUUGGGAUACUUCUACAAGUUAUUACUGGAUCUUGAGCCUGCUUGUGGUGGUCAUGGGGUCUUAGAGGAAGAGAGGAAAGUUCGAUGUUUCCUGGUGAACACUGAAGGCUACCUGGUGGCUCAUCCAUCUCUGCUGAAGCCAACACGCUCCUUGGGUCCCUCAGUCAACAUUCCUCCACACAUCACCCAUCAGGAGCCAGUGUUGUCCAUGGAACUACUGGCGCGGGAGGAAGGCUGGCUGACCAAGGCAUCGUGUGGUCGGUGGUGGCACGGUGCCAGUGAGCGCCACUACUUCCUUCAUCCUCCAGCCAGCCAGGUGGUUUCCUCACCCUCGGCAGAGACCAAUCAGGGGGAUGCAAAUUCAUGCCUGCAGUAUGCUUUGGCAUCUGUGCCAUCCACCAACCUCAUCCUCACCAUAAUCAACCAGACAUGUACUCCAUCAGUUGCCUUUUGUCCAUGCAGCAUGGAUGACAGGCUGUGCCUCAACUGUCAGCUGGUGGAGGCUGGCGCUUGUGAGUGUCCCUGUGAGUGUCCACUGUCCUCACAUCCUUGUGAGGACACUGCAGAAGAAAGUAAGAGCCCCCCGUGGCCCUCAGACACCUCAUCCUCAAGUAAUAACACAAAGGAUUCAGCCAAUCAUGUAUGGCAGACUUACUUUGACAAAAGCAACAGUCAGCCAGUGCCUCAGGUGCUGAAGCUGACCACACAGCCCCCAGACCUGGCCCCCACCUGCCACAGAAUCCCAGAGCCACCUGUGUCCCUCCAGUACUCCAUAGGCUUAUUGGCUCACCUGGACUCCUGUGUUGAGGUGUCCUGUUCCCUCCAUGCUACUUCUAUGUCGUGUUUGGGUGUGAUAGGCUGUGAAUGGUGCUACCUGAACGGUGAUGGGUCUUCUCCCCUCAGUCAUCCUCACUGCUCAGAAACACACAAUUGCUAUGGGGGUGUUCUUGGAGGCCCCUCACCCUACCCUCAUGGACUAGCAACCCUCCCACACUCAGACAACAACCAUGGAGAUUCUGGUAACCCCAUUGGACCAGUUGCUGGAGGAGUGAUGGCAGUGUUCCUUGUGGUGGCCGUGGCUGUGUACUGCUACCGACAGCACGUUGGCAGCACCAACCACUCCCUCUACACCCCGGCCAGCCUCCAGCCACGCCCCAGCAUCUACCAGUCCCAGCCCGCUCAUGAUAUAGACACAGGAGAUGAUGAUCUAUUGGAUGUAUGUGGUGUUGGUGUUGGGGCUGCUGCAGCUGUCAGUCCUUACCGCAUGAACCCAGGCUACCAGCGGCCCCCAGGCGUGGCUGACUCCAGUGACCAAGGCUACUCCACCAUGACACCUCACGAUGACUCCGAGAACCUUAACUACACAGACCUGGGAGGCUUGGUGGGUCUGCCUGUGAGUCGCACUCUGGAUGAUGGCCCCUCCACUUCAGGGUGGUCCCCACCUCCCUCCCCAAGACACCAGGAGAGGAGAGGCAGCCUCCUGGAGCCCUCCCACACACUGCUGCCUCCAGCCAAGCGAAGUGGUCCCAACAUUAUUCAGGUACCUGUCACUGUGCACAUGGUUGAUAGCGUGUGAGUCAGUCACUUGUAUGGUGUGUCAUGGUUUAGGUGUAUUUUUUAUUAUGUUAUGUGGAAGAAGCCUUUAAGGCAUAAAGGUAUUGCUCAUCCUGAGUUCUUUGCAUUUCAAAACAGUUUUUAGUGGUGGAAGCCAAGUCAAAUUUCAUUACAUAGUAAGAUUCCUUCAAUUAAGUUCAAUGAUUUUUAUUACCUGUCUUUGGGAAAAACAGUAUUACAGACAAUUGUUUAUUCUUAUUUCUGUACGAUGUGGGUUUGAUGCCCAUUAAGCUAGAAAAUGCAUGACUAUUGCUGUUGUGCCAGCAUAUUCCUCUUAGUGCUAACAUAAGUGUGUAUAAAGGUCUCCUCCAACAUUUUAAUAUACCACAAAAAGGUUAAUGAUAUAAUUCUACUCUUAAGGCAUGAAUAUUCUAGUUGUAAUUUAUAUGCAAUAUUAUUAAUUGUGAUCAUAAGUCCAUUGUGGUAGGUCAAGUAAUCUAGUCUAAAUGCAGCUAAUGAAGAGUUGAGCUUUGGGGUCUUAUGAGUGAAGCAAGCCAGAGCACCAAAGAUGAGUUUCACAAAUACACUGGACAGCACAACUCAGGAAUCCCAUAAGGGAAGGGAAGCAUUACAUCAAACACAAAUGCAUUGUUCCUAAGUUAGUUUUUAGAGCAACAUCAACAUUCACUGCAAAUUCAGGUUUUGGUGAACUUGAUACUUGAUGGCAGAAUAGCACAUGAGGUUUUGUGCAUGUUGUCGGGGAUAUGAGUGCCAGUGUGUGAGGCUUUGAUAGUUUGUAUAUAUUUUUUUAUGAACUCUGGAGUGGCUAAAUUUGAUGCUGUAACAAAUGAAUUUGUGAAUGAAGGGUAUUGUGCUGUUAGGACUGAACAUGGUUAUGAAGUUUUGCUUGAUGAGGAGACAUUAAAGUGAUCCAUAUUACUGUUAUAAGAAAGUUCUCCAUGAGUAUUCGAGGCCCAAUUGAAUGUUAGAUUUUCUUUAAAACUGUCUCAUCUUGUGUGUGCCAUAAAGUCAUGGAAGCGGCAAGUUUGUAUGAGAGGCCUUAGCUAAGUUAAAGUGCUUACUAUGCAACGUGUAAAUGAGGUGAAUAAUGAUAAUAUUAUCAGAAUUUCAUACACAAAUUCUUGUGAAUAUUUUUUUAAUGGAUUUAUAUCUCAAAUUUUAUCUAAGAACAGAAACCUGCAUCAAAAGACCAGAAAUUUUUCCUUCCAGUAAGUAGGACAAAAUUCCUAUCCUUGAAAAUAAUAAACUCCUUACUUCAUGAAGUAACCCAAAGGUCUGUCAGUUAAGUGAUAUUUAUUUCUUGAUUUUGUGGUGCACAUUUCGUGUCCAGGAGGUUUGGUCAUAUCCAGUCCACACCCUAGAUCAAAACUAUUGUGCAGAAUGGCAAAGCUUCACCACCAUUCAAUUUACAGAUAUUGGUGAUUUUCCAGAUACUUCCUCAUGAACAGUUGUUUGGAACAACGGAUUUCAAUAAUACUAAAGUAGAAAAGGGGAGUUUACUGUAAAUACAAAUUCUCAGAAAUGGUUAAUGACAAAGUGUUUUCUUGCUGGUAAUGAUGCAUUCAAAACUAACACUGCCUCUAAGUGAUUGAACAUAAAUAAGAUAUUCUUCUAUCUUGUGUGAGUGGAUCAGCCUCAUCUUUAAUUAUUAUUUUGCAGUUAGCUUCCUCCAGUGUCCAGGGAACAGAAAGGGAUGUCUCAAUGAUCUUUUCUAGAAUCACAAGUAUGUAUACGCAGGCAGUGAGGUGUUGGUGAUGGUGUAUUGAUUAGUACAUAACUACUGUGAAAAUUAAUUGAAGUGAAUGUUGAUGAAAAUAUUGAACUGAAAUUCUUCUGGUUAGGUAACUGUUUUGUGCCAGACUGAUGUGUCAGCUGGCAACAGGGAUUUUUAUAGAAUGAAGGCUUACAGGAUUGCACAUUUAACCCUUGUAUAAACUUUUAAAGAAAAUCGCUACACAGAUGUGAACAAGACAAUAAUAAGACUGGCCUGCACGGGGAGAGGUAUUGUCUUAAUUUUAGUAGGAGACUUACCAAUAUGUAUAGAUAGAUUUUUUUAAUUUGUUUGUCUCUGAAGUUCAUUCGGUAAAAAAGAUAGUCCAUGGUGUGUCAAAUUUUGAUCCAAUGAACUGGACAGUCCUGAUGAGUUUUCACCUAGCUCAGUGGUACUGGCCUGUCCCAAGACAAUAAAGUGUAUCAUCAAAAGUGUCAAUGAACAUGAUGUAAAGAUGACCGGUGCAAGUCUGCUUCUCCUAAAUACAUUUUUAUAUUGUGAAAGGGUUGCAUUUUUAUGAAGGGACUCACGCUGCAUGUAUAUAUUAUUUUCUGAAAUGUUAAUAACCGGAUUUUUUUGAUAUUUUGAGUUAUUUUUGUAAAACUGGAAAUUGUUUUUAUUAAUGAAGAUUUAAAAGUAAGUUACUAAAUGUUUUAUAUUGUUUUUAGUUGUUACAUAUAUAUUUAUUGAAAAGCAACCAUAGCUGAUUAGUCAGUCCAUCCAGCCAUUCCUCAGUGAAGGGUGCACCAAGUUUCUCCAAGUGCAUAUGAAAGACCAAGGCUGCACAAUUUGCAGCCCAGGAGUAUUUCAUUUGUAGCC